AUGUUUGCGCUCACUCCAGGAGGCAUUUGCAAGCACCACGGUAUCCUGGACCCAUGUCGGUGUCCGUCGGUUCGGGUUGGUGCCCCCAGCCAGACAGAGCCAGGACCUUCAUGCCGUGUUGACGGACGGCUACCCGGUCGCUGCUGCCGCUCCCGCUCCCCGAUUGUUGGCACCGGAUACCAUCCCGAGGCACGCGAGUGGGGGAGGACGGGUGUCGGCGAUCGGAGAUCGGACCCACGCCUUACACCCGGGAGUGGGGCAGGGAAGACGUGUGGCACGGAACAGGGCACGCAGGCGUUCUGCCAGGGCGCCGGAGAACCGAUCGACGGCCAACGGCGCAGUGGAGAAAGGAGAGUGGGCCGUGGGGGGCGUUCGGCAAUAUUGCUGUCGCUAAACCUCGACAACGAGGACGAGACAUGGACCAGGUUGAUGGCGGUCCAUCGGUGGCUACUCUCCCGUGGUGAAAACGUUCCCCUCAACCAAGGACCGAGCAGGGGACAUGCCUUCGGGGACCUCCACGUGGAGGCCACGAGCUCCGGCUCGACAGAUGUGGGACGGUGGUUGACCUUCUUCCAGUCCACCGUUGUCCGGACCAUCUUGGAGGCACGCGAGUGGGGGAGGACGGGUGUCGGCGAUCGGAGAUCGGACCCACGCCUUACACCCGGGAGUGGGGCAGGGAAGACGUGUGGCACGGAACAGGGCACGCAGGCGUUCUGCCAGGGCGCCGGAGAACCGAUCGACGGCCAACGGCGCAGUGGAGAAAGGAGAGUGGGCCGUGGGGGGCGUUCGGCAAUAUUGCUGUCGCUAAACCUCGACAACGAGGACGAGACAUGGACCAGGUUGAUGGCGGUCCAUCGGUGGCUACUCUCCCGUGGUGAAAACGUUCUCCUCAACCAAGGACCGAGCAGGGGACAUGCCUUCGGGGACCUCCACGUGGAGGCCACGAGCUCCGGCUCGACAGAUGUGGGACGGUGGUUGACCUUCUUCCAGUCUACCGUUGUCCGGACCAUCUUGGAGGCACGCGAGUGGGGGAGGACGGGUGUCGGCGAUCGGAGAUCGGACCCACGCCUUACACCCGGGAGUGGGGCAGGGAAGACGUGUGGCACGGAACAGGGCACGCAGGCGUUCUGCCAGGGCGCCGGAGAACCGAUCGACGGCCAACGGCGCAGUGGAGAAAGGAGAGUGGGCCGUGGGGGGCGUUCGGCAAUAUUGCUGUCGCUAAACCUCGACAACGAGGACGAGACAUGGACCAGGUUGAUGGCGGUCCAUCGGUGGCUACUCUCCCGUGGUGGAACCAAUCGCCUCAGUCAAGGACCGAGCAGGGGACAUGUCUUCGGGGACCUCCACGUGGAGGCCACGAGCUCCGGCUCGACAGAUAUGGGACGGUGGUUGACCUUCCUCCAGUCCGAUACUGUCCGGACCAUCUUGGAGGAGGCGUUUGCGAGUGUGGUCGUGUCCUGGACCCAUGCCGGUGUCCGUCGGUCCGGCUUGGUGACCCCAGCCAGACAGAGCCAGGACCUGCACGCCGUGUUGACGGACACCUACCCGGUCGGUGCUGCUUCCGCUCCUGCUCCCCGACUGUGUGCGCCGGAUGCUAUCCCGACGCCCGUGAGCGGAGAAGGACGGGUGUCGGUGGUCGGAGAUCGGACCCACGCCUUACGACCAGCAGUGAUGGGGGGACACAGGGCUCCCGCCAGGGCGCUGGAUAACGGAUGGCCGGCCAACGGGGAAGAAUUCGCUGCUACACAGGCAGGGCCAGCAAGUACGGCAAGGCAGCAGGAGGAGGUCGCGCAUUUGGCAGGGGCGCACAUGACCUCUGCACCGCAGUUAGCCGCACGAGCCGCACAAUCCACUGCAAGGGACUACGGACGGGCCUCGGGUACGUCUAGGCCGUCGGCGAAGGCCGCCCCUGCGGCUUUGGCCACCCUGCCGUCCCGCGGGGGCGUGUUGGCAGCCUCACUCGCAAGGAAUCGGGGUGAAGCUUCUGGUGGAGAUCAUGUCAGGAUUGGGGGGACACCUGCAACAACGUCGCCUGCACGAGCAGCUGAGACGGGAGGGGGCGGGUCGAGCGAGCAUGCUGUGCCGUCGGCAAUGGCCGAGCCAGUGCCUUCGACGGCACAAUUGAGCUGCUGGCGAGGCGCUAGUAGCUUCCAGGACCCGCCGAUUACGGGAAGCAACGGGAACGGCGGGGCGACGUCCAGCGGGGGUGAAUUUGGUGGCGCACGGAGCGAAGGGAAGCCGCAGCAACCAGCGGCGGCGGCGGCGGCGGUGGCGGUUGCCGCUGGGCUUGCGGGGGUGGCGGUGGCGAGUGCUGGGAGUGCUGGUUCUUCCCCGCUGACCGGUGCUGGAGGUAUCGCCGAAACCGGCGGCAAGAAGGUGCGGAAGAAGACAAAGCCGGUGUCCGCAGCUGUUUUGGAGGUGCGCAACCGGCGUCGGGAGAAGAUCCAGGAGAAAGCGGCGCAGAGGAGGUCAUCGGCUGUUGCCCAACCCGUUGCCGAACCACGCGAGUCUCUGCCUGGGAACACCGCCACUGCUGAGCUUGGUGGUGGUGGUGGAAACACGGAGCCUACCGCUGUGGCGAAGAAAAAUCUACGUAAACCCGGACGCGCGCCAGACCUCGGCGUUGCGGCUUUACACAAAGCCUUGUGGGGCGGGGGCGGAAAACGAGCGACCCAGGGUCAAAGGUCCUCCAGCAACAACGUUGCUGGGCUUAACACUGGAAAGGGCUCGGGCGCGCAGGGAUGGGUGCUGCAGAAGGAAAUGCGGCAGCAGGAACGAUGCAUACGGUACUGGAACCAGCAGCAGCAGCAGCAGCAGGAGCCGGAGGAGGGGCUCGUACAGGGGGCGGGUUCUCCCGAGCCACAUGCUUGGCAAGAGGCGGGGGGAGGCGUUAAGGUCCGCGAGUAUGCGCCGGAGGGGGGAGGCGCCACGGUCCGCAAGUAUACGCCCGAGGAGCAGAGGGAGGAAAACGAGAGGGCGGACAAGAAGCAGGAGGGAAAGAAGGAGAAGGGGGAAGAGAACCGGAAGGAAGAGGAGGCGGAAAGGGUGAAUGGCAGGCCUGCCUCGCACAUGGCACCUUCCUGCGCUGCCGAUCAAGGAACGACCCACGCUGCAGCCUCAUCUGAUUUCGAGGGAAGAUGUUACGACGAGGAGGUAGCGAAGUCCAAGAAGCUAUUGUCCUUCGAGGACGCCGAGUCGUUCUUGGCCAAGAACCUGCCGGGCGUCGAGGACGUGUACUCGAUGGGUCAGACCAUCGGCAUCUCGAUCCGGGGGGACGGCAACUGUUUCUGGACGUCUUGCUCUCUUGCGGCGCUGCUAUGGGCCUCGUGCCAGGACCGCCUGCAUCACCUGCAAGAUAUUCUCGCCCGUUACAGGGCUAUUUGUCGGGGUAGCUGCCGCGCGUACUACGCCCUCUCGCUGGCAAUGAAGGAGAACGUUGACACGUUCGUUUCCUUCGUGGAGAUGCUUCUUCGCCUCAAGACGACGGGCACCUCCAACCAGGACCUGGUGGGUUUCCUUGUACGCCAUCUCUCGAAACCCUCCGAGGGGAAUCAAGAAGGCAGCCUCCACGCGCCCUUGUUCAAGGGCAUGGUCCUCGCCACACGAAUUGCUGCUACGGUCUACAAGACCCCCUCCGCCGGACCUGAAAGUUUGGAUGGUUUCGCCACCGUGUCCGAAUACACCAAUGGUGACAUGUUCGACCUGAGGCCGGGCGAACCUCUGGGGAUUCGCGUCGACCUUGUGGCAGAUUACUGCGAGCCUAGCGGCGAACAUGUGACAUAUCGGUGCAACGACGGCGACAGGGAGAAAUUUGGUUACGGGCCUGUUUCGAGACUCCUUCCCUUGGUUGACAGCAUCGCCGUUCGGAAGGGUGCUCUGGCACACUUUGAUCUGCGGAUCAAAGCUUGCUCCAGCGUUGGCGCCGCCCUUGCUGAGGCAUUAAAGAUUCGGCAGCUUACGGACGAGGACGGCCUGGCCGAGCACCACCGCCGCUUGAAGCUGGAGAUUGUGUCCCAGGUUGUCAUUCAUCCUGGAGGGUGCCCAAGGUGCUCGAUGCACAUCCCUCAGUCAGCAGUGGUGUGCGAAAUGUGUAAUUUCCCAGUGCCGGACGGAUUCGUGUACGCUCCGGAUCCGGGAGGCGGUGCUGUGCAUCCGGCAGCGGAGGUGGCGGAGGUAGCGCCAGCCAGACCUUCAGCGACCAACUAA